GGCCUCACCAGUACCUUCGAGACAGAUCUGUUCGCACCCCUAUUCGCUUACCUUGGGUCUUAUCCUUCAACAAGUGCUGGCUCAAAGCUGUUGACCUAUGCGGGAACUUUCGCCCCAGCUCGAAGAUCCUCUGAGUCAUGUGACAUGGGUUCAAGACAAACACGGGACCCACAUCAAGUCUCUCCUGGUGCGCCUGCCGUCACACACGAUCCAUCUACCGACCCAGGACUUUUGUCACUCUGGCACAUAUGGCUCGACAAGCACAGUAGUCCUGAACAUCGGCAUGUGAGCUCUAUUGACCAGAGCACGCCGCCCGAAGAUCGGGGCGUUCAAUUGGCUUCCAGCAUAUCUGAGCAAUGGCGCUUGGACACUGCAUGUCGUCUCGCCGUAGAUCAUGCUCGUGCUCUUGCCUACGCUCUCUGGGAUGGCUUACUGCCUGGUCGUCAGGGCCUUAAUCUGAAGCUGCGCCACCUUGUGUGGCGUGCGGCUAGGGCUCUUCAUCUCACUGGCUUGGACUCCCUUAGAAGUUGUAAUUCAACACUUGAUUCUUCCGGUGGUCGUAUUCAUGCUCUCGCUGGACUUGUGUCGGAGGCCGCUCAGCUUGCUAUUCGGGAUGCUGAUGUGUUUACUUCAAGCCGCUCCAUAAUUACAGGUCCAAGUGCAAGAAGCCCAGAACCCAAAUUAUCAAUAAAUCAGGAAAUCAAUUAA